UGCAAACAGAAGUUGAAAAGCGGUAAAAUUUGUAUUUUGAUUGUGGCCAAAAGAGAAGCCCAUGAAAAAGAAUUCCAGCUGUUGGCCGCUUAGCAGGCACCUGGUAACAUUACAAUUGAAACUUCAAAGAAAAUCAGAUUAAAAUAUUAAAAAUUCCGAAAUUCGGAGAACGAGAAGUCGGAAACGGAAUUAACAAACUCUAAAUAAGAAUGGGGCGCAACUUUUUGGAUGCAGCAUGGAUCAUACUUAGUAUUGUGUGGUUGGGUCUCUUUGCGCUCUUUUUUGCCACUUUCUUUGAAUCGGACAAAUUUGACAUCUUAACGCCCUUAAUGGGGCCGGUAGGUCUAUUCAUUAUCUGGAUAUUUUUCUGUGGGCUUUAUGCUUGCUUAAGUCAGUCAAUAAGUUUAAUUUCACUGACAACAUACGUUAUAUUUUGUAUAAGUAUUAUGCAGGGAGUAAUUAUUUUACUGUUCUGGCUACAACAACCCCCAUAUAUGGUGGAAUUUAUAUUACUUUGGCCAAUCUGUAGAUUUGUUAAUUUUUUCAAUGCAUUAUCAAGUGUAUUUAAGUUAUUUUGCCUAUUUGGGUAUGUUGGGCAUUAUCAAAAGAACAUAUUCAAUAUUUCUGGAUUGAUCUUUAUUUUUGGGAUUGCACAUUAUAUACUAUCGAAAAAACUAAAGAAUGCGAAACUAAAGUCACUGGUACGAUGAAAGAUUACGAUACUAUCGACUUAAUAACUUAUUCGUGAAAAAAUAUAUAUAUUUAAAUACUUUUGUUGAAUUUUGUACAUGUUUAAGACUUUUCAGCAAAAAUUAUGUUACUAAAUUUUAAAAUUGUAAAUAAGAUACAGAAAAACAUCGCAUCUUAAAUAAACUUAAAAUG